AUGAAGCAGAGGCACGUUACCUUUUUCCUCGGCGCUGUUGAGAAAGCGGUGGGCAGAAAACUGAGGGAGAAGGAGGUGCAGAUCGAGAGCAUGAACAGGCGAAACAAGGAGCUCAACGAGAGGAUCAAACAGGUCUCCAUGGAGGCCCAGUCCUGGCACUACAGGGCUCGCUUCAACGAGUCCGUGGUCAGCGUCCUGAAGAAUAACCUCAAGCAGGCCGUCGCCCAGGGCGCCAGCCAGGGCAGGGAAGGCUGCGGUGACAGCGAGGUCGACGACGCCGCCUCCUCUUACGGUCCCUCCGCGCCCCUCGGCGGCGACGCCGUGCCGGCAGCGGGGGCCAUGGCUUGCCGGGCCUGCCGGAGCAGGGAGAUAUCCGUGCUGCUGCUGCCGUGCCGGCACCUCUGCCUGUGCAGGGACUGCGGCGGGUCUGUCAACGUGUGCCCCCUCUGCCGCACGACGACGACCGCCGGUGUACCAGUCUUCAUGUCUUGA